GUCCGGUAGGAGGUGUGCCUGCGUUAGUUUAAGAUUUUAAAAGUGUGAUUGGUAUUUAUUAGAUCAGAAGUAAUGGAGAGUACUAUAGAAUCUUUACCUGAGCCCAAACGUGCCACAUAUCCACGUCAUGUUACUUUUGACGAUGCUCUCUCGAUGGCAAAAUUUGGAAUGUUUAAUUACAUCAUUAUCAUAAUUUCUGGAACCAUACUGGCGUGUGUCUUGCUGGAAACGCUGGGAAUUAGUUACGUAAUACCGGUGGCAGAAUGUGAUCUGUUGCUUACAACAAAAGAAAAAGGUGUUCUUAGUGCAGUCUCAUUUGCAGGGAUCAUCGCUAGUUCCCAUUUAUGGGGCUUUCUCGCAGACACCCGAGGGAGAAAGAAAGUAAUUGUUCCAACGUUAUUUUUAACGUUCACGGCAACUGUUAUUUCAAGUUUUACAACGAACUUCUGGAUUAUUGCUCUUUUAAGAUUCCUUGCAGGAUUUUUCAUUUCUGGAUCAUCUGCCACGAUCUAUGCCUACCUUGGAGAAUUCCAUAACAAACGUGAUGGAUCACGUGCUAUCAUGGGCGCUUCAUUCGUGUUCGGAGUCGGUUGCCUGAUGCUUCCUGGGAUUGCUUUUCUUGUCAUAAAUCAAGAGUGGGAGUUUUUCAUCCCCAUCCUCAAUAUAGUCUACCGGCCAUGGCGAUUGUUCUUGGCCGUAUGCGGACUGCCUAGUCUAGUAUGUGCUUUGGCUUUGCUGAAAAUUCCAGAAAGCCCGAAGUUCACAUUCGUUCAAGGGAACGCGGAAAGGUCGAUAGAAACGAUAAAAUGGAUGCACAAAUUGAACACUCGGGGGAAGGAAUCGGCUUUACAGAUCGCAUCGAUUCUCGAAGAAGCUGAUGUUCUACAGACUAAAAAGAAGGAUGAUGAAGACAAGAAUACGAAGGGAUUCAUCGGUUUGAUGAAACUAAUAUGGAACCAAACCGCACCCCUUUUCAUGAGACCUUAUCUGAACAAAACAACUAUCAUAUGCGUAUUGCAGUUUGGGAUCUAUUUGUCGUCGAAUGGAAUGUACAUGUUCUUUCCCGAUAUACUGAAUCGCGCAGCGGAAUUACAGGACACUGGGGUCAAUCGCACUACUCUGUGUAAUGCAGUAUAUGCUACCAGGAUCGACAUAUCAGUAUUGACUCAUAAUGCUACCGAUAUUACACCAGAGUGCAACCAAAAGCUGGACAUCAUUGCUUAUGAACAUUCGUUCAUUCUAGAACUGAUGUACGCACUAGGAUUCGCCGUUAUUGGUUUGAUCAUCAAUGCGGUUGGUAAGCUGCCGAUUCUGGUGUUUGUAUUCGUUUGCUGCGGUUUAUGCGGAAUUUUAAUUAUAUUUAUCGACAUACCGCUACUAGCCAUGUGGCUGUAUCUAGUUCUGUUGACAUGUGGAUAUUGUAUAAGCGUGGUAAAUGCCGUCACAGUAGAUUUGUUCCCUACAAAUCUGAGGGCGAUGGCAGUGUGUAUAUCGUUGAUGUUUGGUAGACUUGGAAGCGUUGUUGGUGCUAACAUGGUUGGGAUACUUCUUGAUCAACAAUGCGAGCUUACGUUUUGGAUAUCAGGUGUUUCUUUAAUUGGAUGCGGUGUGCUUUCGUUCUUCAUUCCUAACAUUUACAAGCGUGAAACGGUGGAACCAAGAGUUAGCGUUUCUUCAAGACUAUGAGUCAUGAAAAAUUGGUGCAUUUUAAUAGACUGAACUGUAUACCUCUAUAAUUGCUUAUUAUUCUUUAAAUUGAAUAAAACAUUUGCCUAUAAAAUAUCAACACA